UUCACAGUGUAGGCUACUUCUCUACUUCCUGUCUGGAUUCUCUCACAUAUAAUACAAUAAAAUGCAACCAUACAACCAUUCAUAAAGCAUAUACAUAUCUGUGGCACCUGCACCUCUCCUGGCUGAUGGCUGAAGUAACCACUCACUGAUCAAAUACGAGGCUUUGGUACAUUUUGCCGGAUGAUUUAAGACCUACAGACCCUCUCAAGGUUUCGUUGACAUUUCAUUGCACUAUUCCGGAUAUAAACAUGUCGGGGAUGAAUAGUGAUCAGUUGCAUCGCUCCACCUUGGGGAUUUACUCGAGCUUGAUGGAGGAGUUCAACCCAAGCCUACAGAAACUGGUUUCCCUGGGUAACAGCUAUGUCAGAGCUUUCCAUGCUCUUGCUGUGACAAGUGAGGCCUACUUCAGCGCACUUUCAAAGAUUGGAGAGAAGGCUUUUCACACCAUGUCCUCACGUUCUCUGGGAGAUGUCCUGAUUCAGAUCGCUGAGAGCCAAAGGAGACUGACCUUGGAGCUGGAGGGAGUAUUCCGCUGGUUCAGUGUGGAGGUUCUUCAGGAGAUGGACAAUAACAUUAGACUGGACAAAGAUUACAUAUCAGGCAGUAGGAAGUACUUUGAGAUGGAAGUCCACAACCAGGCAGCAGCUCUCGAAAGACAGCUGAGGAGAGGAGCCAACCAGGAUUGUAGCGAGUAUGUGCAGUUCCUCAGGGAGAGCCAUAGCGAGGCGCUGAAGGAGGAGGAGAGACGACACCGCUUCCUGGCUGAGAAACACUGUGGCCUGAUACAGUCCAUUGCCCAACUCAUGAAUAAAAGAGGAGGUUCGCUGCAGCAGAGAGCUGAUUCCUGGACAGAGGAGGUGAAUGCCACCAGAGGACCAGAGACCAGGCGACCCACUAAUGUGGACAACUCUGUGAGGAUGAAGGAGGAGGAGAUCAGAAAAAGCCGAGACGAACUGACCCUCGGCAACAUACCUUCAAGGGCCCCGUCUCCCCAGGGAAGCAUUUCUCGCUCUACAGCUGAGUCAGUGGUGGGCGGUGGUGGAGGCAGAUCCAUGAAGGCCCUGGUGGCCCACGAGCCCGGUGGCUCCAACCCCACCCUGCUGCCCUUCAGCAAAGGAGAGAUGAUCACUGCGCUGGUCCAUCAGCCGAAGAAUGGCUGGCUGUAUGGACGCGCUGGCAGCACUUCACGUCAGGGAUGGUUUCCAGCCUCAUAUGUGGAAGCAGUGGAUGAUCCUCCGAGGACAACCAGCUCUGGUAACUCCACUCUCCGAGGCAGUAGCAGCAUGAGCAACCUGCUCGACCAACCGGGAAGCAGCAGCCACAGUGGAGCCCCGCCCCCUCCACCUCCACCACCAAAUCUAUCUUCAAAUAAACAAUCUGAGAUGCGACCAGUCACACCGACUCCUGACAGAAGUGCUGAGUCUAAUUCAGGAAACAAGAGAUCGAAACCACACGGAUCACCACCAGAACUCUUCCCAAGGGGUACCAACCCAUUUGCCACAGUGAAGCUGAAGCCCACGUCCACCAAUGACAGAUCAGCCCCACGUUUAUAUCGGAGAUGACAUCUUAACCCUGAAACAAAUACAAAUUUCAUUGAGCUUGAUAGUUUAUUCUCGCCCUCGGAAAUAGCAGUAUGUAUGGCAGAAAGUGAGUAAGUGGACCUUGAUUGGAGGUUGUUUUUGUGAACUAGUGUUUUCAUACUUCUGACAGUCCUCUGUUUGAAUUGAUCUUCUGCAUUGAUCCAUACAUAGUUGGAGAAAGAGGAUGAAAUGUUUUCUAAAUAUUUCAGACUUCUUGGGUUCUGUAGAUCUGUAUGUGUACAUAUAUAUUUUUAAACCAACAGCCAACAUCUAUUCGUGUUUUUCUGUAGUCUUUUUCAUAAUUGGCACUGUCUUUGUGAUUUGUAAAAUAGUAGGAAUGAAUCACUGAUUCUUCCGUGACAAAUGUGUUUACGUGGCAUAAACUAAUAACUACUUUGAUCUUACCGGGUGUUAAAUCAUCAGUCCUUCUCUGAAAUGCUUUUUCAAUGGCAUUGACAUUCUGACAUGUGAAUGAUUUUUGUAUUGUCCAUUUGGAAAUAAAUGAUUACUGUAGUGUACAGACGACUAUAGGAAUCAGGGCUAAAAACGUGUUGGUGUGCAACAAAAUUGACCUUUUGUUAUCUGUCAUUUAUAGCUCAGGGAUGCAUGCAUGAUGCCAUGGACUGCACAGCUGCUUACAUCAUCUGUUUUUGGGUUUUAGGUUUUAUAUCCAUCGUAUUGCAUCUCAACCAUUUUUCUCUACCUGGUCUACUGAAUUAAGUCCAAAAAUACAUAUUAAUUGCAUUACUAAUUUACUUUGGAAAAUGGAUUGUAAAAAAUGAAAAUGUAACCUCUGACAGAUAAUGUAAUAUAUUGUAAAAAAAAUUAGGAUAAAAUGUCUGAGCCAGAAAUGUAAUGAAAAAUGCAGUGCAUUCAUGGAUAAUGUAAUACCAUCUUUAUAGCAUCAUAUAAUUACUUAAGCCAGUGUGCCUCACUUGAUUUGCCCGUGGCAUAUUUUCCUGACGGCAUAAUGAAAGUAUUGAUCUAUAAUGCAGCAGUAACAAUGUAAGUUAUUACAUAAUAAAAGAUACAGGUAUUACAUUAUCAGUUGAAGCCCCUGACAAUUUAAAUAUUGACUAUUAAAUAAGAAACAAUAAAAGCUAAAGUUCAGGAAAAAA